AUGACAGGCCCCCCAGAAAGCGGAAGAACAACUCUCUGCAAACGACUUAAUGACCGUAUACAUUUCAGGGUCGACGACCAGCAACAUUUUUGUUUCAGGGCACAUGAGGCCAAUCUUGAGGCACCUGGACGCCUCGAGUCAGAUGUUGUUUUACUCACUAUCAAUCUUAACACAGAUAUGAAGGAUGUAAAAGAUAUGGUCGCUCAAUACGGCAAACUCAUUCAGGAUACCUAUUGGGAACAGCGGAAAAUGUUUCGCAUUGUAGGGACUAAACAUGAUAAACUGGAUCCCGAGUCAAAAAUCUUCGAAUACCCUGGACUUUUUACAACAUGGUUCACAAUGUACACGUCGCUGUCCUGUCAUUUCGUCGGUACGCAUAGUGAAGGUGCCAUUGAGGAAAUGUGUGCUUCUAUAGAAAAAGUCGAUCAUUUUCGACCCAUCAAACCUUCAAUCGCCAGCCAGGUCCACAAAACGCUUUCACAAAUACGAUCAUGGGGACUGGAUGUGAUGGCAUCUAUGUUUUCUCUUCCAAUCCCUUCCCAAGUUAAUCAGGAUACACCUGACUCUGAUGACAUGCCAGUAGUUCCUGAUGAUGAUGCUGCAUGGGAGUUAACAAAGACACCUGAAUCCAUUGCCUUCAACAAAUAUAUGGCCUCUUUCACUGGCGGGCACAAUUGGGCACCCACACACAAGAUUGCACCAAAUUUAAUCAUCAAACGCUUGCACCACUUCGAAAGAUUUAAUAACAUCUUUGUUCGAGCUCAUACAAAUAUCCCUGUCCCACAACCUCGCUACCUCCACCUGAAGGAAUCGCUUGUUACGGAUUUCAUCCCCGGAAAAAUGCUUUUGGAAUGCUGGGAUUCGCUCAGCCUAUUCUACCAAUUUCGUAUUGCAUGCACUCUUAGACGAUAUGUUUCUCAGCUUCGACGUAUUUCCAGCGAUCGACCGGGCACCAUUGGACAAGGACUCGUCAGGGGUGUAUUAUUUUAUCCGUAUUCAUGGAACGGGCCCUUUCGCGAUGCGGAGAGGUUCCGAAACUGGAUGGCACAUGUUGCUUAUAUGGAAUGCAUGUACGAGCACCUGGAUCUGCGCCGUAUAAAAGGUCCAGAAGUUGCUGGUUGCCCCCCGCCUCUUUUAAGCCUACCUCCCGAACAUGAAUGGAAUCUAGUCCUAACCCAUGGCGACCUUAGUCUCAGCAACGCCAUUCUUUCAGAUGACGGUGUGCUAUGGAUUGUUGAUUGGGCGGACUCCGGUUUCUACCCUCCCUGGACGGAAUCACGAGGCAUGAAACGUUAUACAUGGGCGCCUGAAUCGUGGAAACGAUGGUUUUCAUUCAUUGUUGAUACCUCUGUUGACGCCGCUAAUCUCUGGAACCAUAUUGGGGACUCAGCGUCUAUAUACAGCAGCGCCCUCCCUCGUGAGGACUACUGGCCAAAUACAGAAGAGAUACGAAAUAUAACGGUGUGGUGA